CCGAGCGGGGCUCGCAGGCGCCCGGGACGCGCCGCCGCCGCCCGCCCGGGAAGAGGCGGGCCCUCGCGCGCCGCACCGGCCCGCGCCCCUGCGCACGCCAUGGCGGCCGGGCCGCGACGCCAGCCGCCCCGGGGACCCCGCGCCGGGCCCGGGCCGCGCCCUGAGCCGCCGCCGAGCCCUCCGCGCCGAGCGCCGCGGGGCCAUGCGGCCGCCUCUCCUGCCCUCGCCCCGGCUGCUGCUGCUCCCGCUCCUGCAGCUCCUGCUGCUCGGCGGUCGCAGCGCCGCGGCGCCCCCGCCAGACUCUCUUUCCCAGCUGCCCGCCCCUCGGAACCCAAAGAUUCAUCUGUACAAUGCGGAGCAGGUUCUGAGUUGGGACCCGGUGACCCUGGGCGAUGGAACGAGGCCAGUUCUCUACUCCGUGCAGUAUAAAUACACCUCCACUGAGUGGUAUGACAUCGACUUCAGAGGGGUGAAUUGUACAAAGAUCGCAAACACGGAGUGUGACUUCAUGGCAGCCAACCUUUCGAAGGGUUUCCCACCACACUUCAACAUCACUUUACGCGUUCGGGCUGAGCUGGGAGAACUGGUUUCUGCCUGGGUGAUCGUGCCCUGGUUUCAGCGCUACCGGAACGUUACCAUCGGGCCUCCAGAAAACAUCUGGGUGACCCCAGGAGAAGGCUCACUUAUCGUCAGGUUCUCCUCUCCCUUUGAUGUCGACACCUCCAUGGUCACUCUUUGGUAUUAUAUCCAUUACUGGGAAAAAGCAGGAACCCAAGAGGUUAAAGGUCCUUUCACAGGCAACUCCAUUUUGUUGGAUGGUUUAAAACCCUUAAGAGAAUACUGUUUACAAGUCAAAGCAGAACUGAUUUGGCCAAAGCAAAACGUCUUCAAAUCUGGGCAUUUAAGCAAUGUAUCUUGCUAUGAAACAACGGCAAAUGCCUCUACCAAGCUUCAACAAGCCAUGCUGAUCUUUGUGGGCACCUUUCUGUUGGUGUUGGCGCUGGCAGGGGCCUUUGUCUUCCUGGCGCUGAAAUACAGAGGCCUGGUUAAAUACUGGUUUCAGUCUCCACCAAGGAUCCCAUCACAGAUCGAAGAGUAUUUAAAGGACCCGUCUCAGCCUGUGUUGGAGGCCUUGGACCAGGACAGCUCACCGGAGGAGGAGGCCUGUACCACUGUGUCCAUCGUUACCUUCCCAGAAAGGGAGCAAGAAGAUGUUCUCCAAAGCACUUAGAACCAAAGCACUAGCCCAGGCUCCCAGCCUCCAGGAAGAGGACACUGAGCCAGCAAGGCUGCUGGUAAAUCCGUCUGGACUUUACAGAGGGAUGGCUUUCCUUUUUCCUGCCACUCCCAAGGCCAUGCCUGGUGAGAGGCAGUGGGUCUCGUGGGAGACACAAGCUUGGAUUUUAUAAGAAUUUUCUAAAGCAUACAAGUUCCUAGAAUGAUUCUAUAGAGAUAAUCCAGGAAAAUUAAGGUUUUUCUUAAACACUAAAAAAAGCAUGUAAUUAUUUUUUUAACAAAGCGGCUGAGCCUCACUUCCGGUAUGUUUUUCAGUGUUGGUUGGGGCUGGGCUGUCGGGAGAGAUGGCUCUCUCAUUGACUUUGGCAAAUGAGCUGGGGAAACUAAGGCAGGUUACCAGCCUCUCCCAGCCUAUCCCAACACGGGAAACGAAAUGGCCCCUCGUGUCCAGUCUGAUUUUUAAAUGUGAUCAAUCCUGUAAAUAGUUUCCUAGUACUUUAAGCUUUUUUUUUAAAGCUUGAAAUAAAAGAUUGUAUAGUUAAAUCUCUGAAAA